AUGUCUCUAAACGAAGAAACCAUCCGCACUGCUGUCUACUCUGGGUCUAUCGACCUCUUCGCUACCCUUCUCUCAGAAGACUCUACAAUUAUCAAUUAUCAAUUCGAUAGACACGGUACACCUCUCGCGCUAGCAUGCCAGAGUCAGCAACCGGUCAACUUCCUUGAGUUCUUGCUUAAGCAAGGCGCUGAUCCAAAUCAAGACCCAGAUGUUGCUCCAUAUCCAUUGGCUUCUGUGGCAGCCUUCUACAGCGACACCAGCGCGGCAGCACUUUUACUGCAGCACGGCGCAAAGUUAGAAAACACGGGAGCGCUUGCAGCAGCCGCAGGAAGAGGGAACGGAGUUAUGGUGCGAUAUCUACUUGAGCAUGGUGCGCAGCAGGAUAAGGACGUUGUAGAAGGUAGAAUUCCCGAGUUGGCGCUGCAUAUUGCAGCGCGCAAAGGAUAUGUUGGAAUAGUCAAGAUGCUGUUGGAACAUGGUGCAGAGAUAGAAAAGAGAGACACUGAAGGUCGAACGGCCCUCGACGCCGUGAAAGAAGCUGAAGAGAAAGAUGGAAGCGAUUUGAGCCAAAUACGGAGCCUCCUAGCUAAGCAGUAAUUGGAAAGUGUCCAGUUACGACACCGUUUUAAAUCCA